UCCCCGGUGAGUCUGGUGGCUCAUCGAUGAGUUUAACAACAGUUCAUUGAGCUCCAGCUUUUGACUUUAACUAACAGUUCGGUGAACACAAAGGCUAAAACAACGCGCCCUAAAUUCCGAAGAACAUCGUUUAAAACAGCUUUGACACGUGAGGGAAGUCACGUGAUCUGAGUGCCUCCCAGAAGGAAAUGAUACAUGCCUGAACAUGUUUUGAUGUCACAAGCUGGGCGUCUUGCUAAGGAAGAGUGAAUGUAUAAGUGUUAAUGGGUGUAACUAUUAUCAAUAUAACGACGAUUCCAGCGUCAGUAUAUUUUGUACAGAAUGGCAGCUGUGACACAGGACGUUAACAUCGCAGACCUCAGAAGAUGCGUGCAGGUUAUCCCUGCGUUAAGAAGCUGGAUCCUGGAUUACUUGUACAGACACAGGCUAUUGGAUAUUGUGAGAGGAUUCACUGCGUUUGAAGACCUUUCAAAGAUUGGUAUUCUCCAUCUUCGCAUUCUAAGCACAGACAUGUGGUGUGUGAUGAAGAGUGAAGAUGCUGAGCAUUAUCCAAAGAUUCUGGAGUUUCUUGAGUGGAGUCAUAAGGAGAACCCUGAUCUGGUCUGUUUCAGGCACUAUAUCAAAAUGUGCACAGCACUGAAAGCAAAGAUUAUAGUAAAUAUGCUUGUGAAACAGCAUAAUCUACUGAACAUCCUUAAAUCUCUCAACGAAUUCUUCCCGGAGAACGGCCUCCAGUAUGCUCAAGCUACAAGAAGAGAUAUUAAAAAAUUAAAACUUUGCUUUCAACAAUUUCGUAAGCUGGUUCUGAGAAUGAUUCGGGAUGAAAGUUUUCGCAAGCAGUACAUUGAGGUUGAUCUAGAAAAUGAAUAUGGUGAGCGGUUUACAAAUGCUUUACAGAAGUUAUUUUGGGAAUAUCUUGAAAGACUUGAAAGCGCAUUCCCUCCACCGAAGAUAGAGCAGCUCUUGACCGGUGAAAUAAGCAGUGAUUGUACCGAAGAGGAAUGUAUAUUGGCAGAAUUACUUCAAAAGCAGGCCCUCAGUGUUCCUGACAUGUUACAACGGCUUCUGCAGUGUAUCGUGGAGCAAGACUGUUCACAGGAAUUGGUUCCAGCCAGCAGCCAUGACAAUUGUGAACCAAACCUGAUAGCAUCCAGUUUGGAAGCAUCUUUAUAUCAAGAAAGUAACUGCUUGGAGAGGGAAGGAGGAUGUGAGAAAGAUCAUAGAGAACAGAUGAAUGUAUGUGAAGACAACAGUGGACUGAUGGAAACCAAUGAUAGAAAUGGAACCAUUUUAGGAGCCAUUUCUGAUCUACAAAUGAAACAGAGGGGCAAAAAACAGGCAGCUGUGAAACAACCAAAUAGACAUGUCUCUCAGAGAGAAAAUAAUGUUUGUGUAGAUAUACUAGUGUUACCAAAUAAAACAAAGAGUUCACUGGUAAAUGGAAUCAUGCCACAGGGAACUGAAACACUCCAAGUAGGGACAUCUCUAGUUUAUGGAAAAGAAAUUGAACAACUCAGUGAAGAUGUUGAGGUUGGCGAGAAUUUGCAUGAAACCACCACAUCAGUGCUUGAAGAUGUGUCUUAUAAUGACAGCCAUGACCAGGAUGAAGAGAGCAUGGAUGUGAUAUGUCUUGGAGAUUUUGAUGUAACAUCGCUUGAGGAUUGCUCGCAGGGAAGAACUAAUACAGAUGCUUCCUUAGCUAAUAACUUUUGUAAGCCAGACGGUCCUAGAGUGGAGUCAGAUGCUUACUCUACCGCACCAGUGUUUUCUGCUCUGAGAAUGGAUUCUACCUCCUUUGAAGAAUCUGAAGAAAACAUGUCUCCACCUGACCCUUUCCAGUCCCAGAAACAAAGCCAGUUAGAGAAAGCCAUGGACCCAGUGCCUUUAUAUCAUUACAAUAGAAAUGUCUUGAGUGAACCAAAUGAGUACCAGUUAGAUACAGACCAUAUACCUUACCAGCCAGGUGAAAGAUGUGGACACCGGAACGGCACCUGGACUGUAUCGGUUGGAGUUGUUGAGCAGCUACGAGUCAAAAUGCACCAAGGUGGUGAUGCUGGAAAAUUUCUGACUGACUGCAUGCUGUGUUCAGAAGAAAGCCGAGAAAACAUAUGCAGCCGUGGCAGACGGACAGAUAUACAAAGCGUAGACUCUCUUCCAAAUCAGACCUCUGCCAAGAUGAUUUCACCACUAAUUUCGGGUUUAACCAGGAAAUGUCAACCCAAUGGAGAGAAACAAAGUGAGAGCAUGGUUUCCACUCAGACUCUAAAUUCUGUUCAUUGCAUAAAUGGUAUUGUGGCCAAACAAGACAAAGGGGUUAAGUUAUCAAUGGAAUGCCAAAAGCAUCUUUCACACUCUCCCAACCUCCAGCCUGUUGUCCUUCUCUCCAGGUUGGUUUUAGAUGAAGAUCUGAACCGGUCUCUUGCUAGAGAGGCAUUUGAUGCUAAUUCUUGCACCUCAAGUGCUGGAUGUUUGCAUUGGGCUGGUUCCUCCACCUUGGGUCCUGACACUGUAAGAAACCCGACCAAAGCACAAAUCAAAGAAGAUAGCAAUGAUCAGGAAUCAGCAGAAAAUUCCUUUGUGAGCACAUAUACUUCUACAAGUGAAUCCUGUUACACAGACCUCAGUGAUUUUGAGUACAUUCCGUAGUGUUCCCCUAAAAUCAGAGGCACAGUGAAACUGCACCGUGAUGAACAUGGUAGAUUUAUUUCAUUAUAGAAGGACCAUAAUAAUUGGCUCCUGUCCCAAAGAAACAAAAGCUGAAGAGGUAAGAAUACACAGAACCUUCAUAAGGCAAGAGAAUAGUAUAAUGGUUUAUUUCAUAAAUUACCAAAAAAAGUUAGAAGGAACAUAUAUGAGUAGCUAAUGUGUGUUGUACUUGUUGUAUUAUUAUUAUUAUUAUUAUUAUUAUUAUUAUUAUUAUUAACUGGAUACAGUUUUCAAACUAAAGUAGUUAAGCAUCCUUAUGAGGGAAGCUUAUAUUGUUAUUCUGCUGCUGGCACAGUCACUCCUAAUAUUGCGUUAACCAUUUGAGAUUUAGUUUCAAUGUUACAGAAACUUCUUGGGGAAAAUCUAUUGGCACCCUUCACUUUUUUUUCCUAAAUAUCUGACAUGGUCAUUUGACUUUAUUAUUUCCAGAUUAUCAAAGUAAUUCACUGAAAUGUUCCUGCUUUAACCUGGUACAGGUGAAUGAGACUGGAUAUUGUUUUUCUCCUGAAAGGAACACUCUGUCCAGCACAGCUUUUAUCUCUCCUCUAUUUUGAUUUUGAAACUGUAACUUACGAGGUAUCUUUUUGUUCUCAUCCAGGUUACACAAUGUUUUGAAGUUGAACAUUGGGGAUGCCUCCUUUCCUUUAUCCUAUCAGGCACUUUUAAGAGCUGUUUCAUUUUGCACGUUCAGAAGAACAAAUAUUUAAAUAAUCAGUUGUAAAUGUUUGAAAGUGUCCAAAUACCUGUGACGCAUGUAAGCAGGAGAAAUGAACAGCUACAGUUAAUGUGAAACACAAAUACUAUGUAUCAGAUUACUGAGUUCUUAACAACCCAUUACAGCCUUUAUGUAGAGAACCAAAAAAAGAGAUCUGGGAAAUAAUAACUGACACGGCUUUUUAUCAGUAAAACAUGUUACAGUGUUACAGUUUCUGUUUGAAAAAUAAAAUAGCAAUUUAUGUUAUUUAUAUAAUAAUAUAGAUGGUUUGAUUAAGAAUAUACUUUGCAUAAUUAUAAUUUAAAUGUUUUUCUUAUUUUGGACCUCAAUAGCAUGGAUAGCUUUAUUUUAACCUUUUUUUCUGUUGUGUUUGAACAGUUGACCAACAGAGAGCAGGGUAUUACUUGCAGAGCAAAGUGAAUACUAUUGGAGUUGUGCAACCAGUGAUGUGUUUUGUUGUGGUGGGGGUGCAGGGUGAAGAUGUUUGUGAAUAUGAAGAGCAGUUUACAAGUGCUUUAGAAAAGUUAUUUUGGGAAUAUCUUGAAAGCAUAUUCCCUCCACCAAACAUAGAGCAGGUAAUGAAUACAAGACAUUAAAUCCACGGGGUGGGAUCUGGCUCAGUUGGGGGCAUUAUUUCAAAAUGAUAGACAUGUAGCAUUAUGUCUAUAAAAAACAGUAAUGUUGAUGAAUAUCAGAAAAAAAAAUCUUAUUAACUGUAAUUGCAAACAGUGCAGGUGUGAGCAAAAAUAAAAUGGGUUCAUGUUUCAAUUUGUUUUCAAGACUUUUUUUUUAUUUAUGAACAAACAAAGAUACAACUGUUCAGUACAUUAAAGCCUUUUGGUGACUUUCACGCAAUAUGAAUUGCUCUUGUAAUGCUGAAAUGCGCAUAUCCCGAUUACCCAUAAUUCUAUAGUUACUGAUUCUUGCCACUUAACUCGAAAGCUACUUGGAUUUAAAUUAUAUAUCUUUUUUUUUUUUAAAUACAUUUUUUUCUUUUAAAUAUUGAACAUAUACUUGGGGAAUGUCGCCAAAAGGCUUUUUUGGGCAAGCUGCUUACCUGGGGGAUUGUAUGUUAAAUAUUUUUUGUUUGUUUCAUUGUGAAUGUAAUAUGUUUCCCUAUAUGCUUCCUACAUCUAGAGAUCACAUGUAUUGAGAUAUACAGCACAAAGCAGUGUUACCCAGCCCGAGAGGGACAACCCUAAUCCUUCUGUUUUGAGAUUUUUGUUCAGAAUAUAAAUGUUUUUUGUAAUGUUUUAAGUCAUUUGAAUAUUCCCAUUCAAAAAGAGCUUAUGAGUUAGUUGUGAUUGUGUUUACUAUAUUAAAAUUAAGUCAUGGCCUAAUAUUUUUACUGGUGAUAUUCUUUAGUAUUUAUUUAAUAUAUUAUUUUAGUUGUAUGUUCAUUGUUACCAAUCAUUGUUUUAAGCUAUAUUUUUGAAUAUAUACCUGUAUACAAUGUGUAUGCCUUCAAAAAUGUAAGUAUUUGCAGAAAUGUUAAAGUGUUUUUAAUAAAGUGUUCAUGAAAAUAAAUAA